AUGUCUCGCGAAGCUUACCAGGUUCCUUCCUCUUUGGGCGGACAGAAUACCUUUGACUCCGGUGCUGGCUCUCUGGAUGGCCCUAUGGUUGCCUAUCUAUGUGGCGAGUGCAAUGCUCGUGUCUCGUUGAAGAGGGGUGACCAGAUCCGUUGCAAGGAAUGCGGUCAUCGUGUGUUGUACAAGGAAAGGACGAAGAGAAUGGUUCAGUUUGAAGCUCGGUGA